AUGGAAGAUGAGACCUUCAUCCCUCAUCACCUCAAAAGGGAUUUUUGGGUCCAAAUCAUUCGAGGGGAAAAUGAUGAGAGAGGGCUGAACUCCCUAGAACAAUCAGUGCCCGAGAGCCCUGGGAGGGGAGCACAUUCCUACCCCAGGAAGGAGAAAAAAGAGGAGCCUGCAGGUUGGAGGAGGGCUGGGAAGGAGGGCCUUCCCUCUGAGAGUCUGUUGAGGCACACCUCACCCAGCAGCACCCAGCCCUCUGCCCUCAUGGAUCCCCGAGGGGACCGGCUGAGCAUCCCUGGUGUCUGGCUCCCACUGUACUUUGGUGCCUUGGGGCUAUGCUCUGUGGUUACUGGUGUCUGCAUGGUCUUUCUCCACUGGAGGAAGAAGGUUCGAAGGGAAGAGCAGGCUCAGGAGUGGGUGGAAGUCAUGCAGGCGGCCACCUUCACCUAUAGCCCUCUCCUCUACUGGAUCAACAAGCGUCGGCAGUAUGGCAUGAACACUGGGAUCAAAGUGGAAUUGCCGGUGGCCAUCCCGAAGCCGGAGGUCUCCAAACCCCUGACAGGCAUCCAGGAAGGAAAGAGCAAGGCCACCCCAGCCAGACCCAUCAUGUCCCCGGCCUCCGCACCACCUCUGACCUGUUAUUCAACCCCAGGGCCACGCAAUUCCGCCUUCCAGGAGGGGCCCUUAGCCCCAUCGCUGUGCAGCCUGCCGCCUACGGCGAACCACUCUGCCUCCUACCCUUUCACCAUCUAUUCUGAGAGGAGCACCCAGUUUCACUCUCUGCCAGCUCUGGCCCAUGGGGACUAUCACACCAACCCCAAGAGCCUGGCUUACGAGCUGUAG